AUGGUCAAGGUGGCUCAUCUAGGUACCCAAAACAUGGCGCGCAUGCUCGCCGUGCUCCUCCUCCUCGCGGCGCACGCCGCCGCCUACGCGUCGGCGGGCGUGACGAGCCCGUACCGGCGUAGCCUGCAGAUGCUUCCGGACAUGCCGCUCGACGCCGACGUCUUCCGGCCGCCGGCAGGCUACAACGCGCCGGAGCAGGUGCACAUCACGCAGGGCGACCUGACGGGCCGCGCCAUGACGGUGUCCUGGCUCACGCCCAAGCACGCCGGCAGCAACGUCGUCCGCUACGGCCUCGCCGCAGACAACCUCAACCUCACCGCCGAGGGCACCGUCCGGCGCUACACCUGGGGCGGGACGUACCAGUCGCCGUACAUCCACCACGCCACCCUCACCGACCUCGAGCACUCCACCGUGUACCACUACGCCGUCGGCCACGACUACACCGUCCGCUCCUUCUCCUUCAAGACGCCGCCGAAACCCGGGCCCGACGUGCCCUUCAAGUUCGGUCUCAUCGGUGACCUGGGGCAGACGUUCCACUCCAACGACACGGUGACACACUACGAGGCCAACGGCGGCGACGCCGUGCUCUUCAUCGGCGACCUCUCGUACGCCGACGACCACCCAGGCCACGACAACAACCGGUGGGACUCGUGGGCGCGCUUCGUGGAGCGCAGCGUGGCGUACCAGCCGUGGAUCUGGACCGCCGGCAACCACGAGAUCGACUACGCGCCGGAGAUCGGGGAGACGGUCCCCUUCAAGCCCUUCACGAACCGGUACCCGACGCCGUUCCGGGCGUCCAACAGCACCGAGCCCCUCUGGUACUCGGUGAAGAUGGCCUCGGCGCACAUCAUCAUGCUCUCCUCCUACUCCUCCUACGGCAAGUACACGCCGCAGUGGACAUGGCUGCAGGACGAGCUGAAGCGCGUCGACCGCACCACCACGCCGUGGCUCAUCGUGUGCGUGCACUCACCGUGGUACAACACCAACGACUACCACUACAUGGAGGGGGAGACGAUGCGGGUGCAGUUCGAGCGGUGGCUCGUCGACGCCAAGGUCGACCUCGUCCUCGCCGGCCACGUCCACUCGUACGAGCGUAGCCACCGGGUGUCUAACGUCGUCUACGACAUCGACAACGGGAAGGCGGCGCCGCAGUUCAACGCGUCGGCGCCGGUUUACGUGAACAUCGGCGAUGGCGGGAACACCGAGGGGCUGGCCAACAGCUUCCGGUCGCCGCAGCCGGAGUACUCGGCGUUCAGGGAGGCGAGCUACGGGCAUGCGACGCUGGAGAUCAAGAACAGGACGCACGCCUACUACGAGUGGCACCGGAACCAGGAUGGCGUCAAGGUCGUCGCUGACAAGGCCUGGUUCACCAACAGAUACUACCUGCCAACAGACACAAACUAG